UCUAUGGCAUUCAAUUGUUUUGUCUAAAUGUUUUUCAACGAGCAAAAUAUUAUAUCUCCAUAAAGUCAAAAUUUUUCCAGCUAAUCUGUUUUUAUUGCACAUAAAACCAUUCUAACGAGUAAUGAACACGUAUUGGAUUUGUUCAGAAUUUAUUCGCUAGGAUCAUUGUCAUCACUUUCACUUUUCACGCGUUUUAGUGGUUCUAGUGUGUAUACGAUGCAACAACCCGCAGUCGCCAUGGAUGACACCAUGUCGACUGUAACGAAAAUGACCCGCACGGUUAAGAAACUGGAGGUGCCCAGACCAUUGAAAUCGACGACCAGUUCUGCUCAUAACCGCAACUCUGUAUUAGAUGUCAAAAUAAACUCUGUGGAUGAUCUAAUAGUGUUGACGGAAGCAGUGGCAUAUGAAAUGAUGCAGGGCAACUAUGACCGUGCACUUCAAAGUAAUGUUUCUACUAUGUAUUCUAACUUAAAGCUGUAUGGGGCGCAGCUUGAAGCACUCUACAAAGAUUUCCUUGAUAGAUAUUUUGUUGUGUUCCGCAAUGGUUCGCAGGACGAACGCUUGGACAAGAAAACAAGGCUACAUCUUCUUGAGUUAAUUGAGCUGCGCGCUAAGCAUUGGCAGACUUCAGACUAUAUGAGUCAGUAUUAUAGGCACCGUGGCACACAUGCAGAGCCACUACUGGUGCCGACGAUGGAAGGCGCGGGCGGGUCCGUGUCCCCGACGCUGGCUACGCCGCCCGAGCCGCCCGCGCUCCUGCAGCCAGGGGAGGUCAUCAAGCCCUCUGGCAAGUUCCCCAAACCCACCAAGAUCCCCGGCAAGAACUACUCUAAGGACGAGGUUGUUAUUCGAAACGCUGAUUCUGGAAAAGUGAUGGGUAUCAAGGGCAGGCGGGUGCACAUGAUCGAGGAGCUAAGUGACACGAUCAUAUCGUUUCAGCGAGUGAGCCCUGGUGCUAAGGAGCGCCUCGUCCAAAUCACUGGACCCAAUGAAGAAAAUGUGAACCACGCGAAGCAUCUGAUCGGCGACACGAUCCGGCGCAACGCGUCGCCGGUGCGGCUGGAGGGCGCGCUGGAGGCCGGCGCCGCGACCGACGACAACGGCGACGACGCCGACGACGAGCCGCGCGCCAGGGAGAAAUCGCCACACAAUAAUCGAGCUUUACUUCAUAGUUUUUCAACGAACGACGCAGCGUUAGGAGAAUAUAAAUACACUGUGACUUUUGGUCAACAUUCCAUCAAAAUCACGGGGCAGAAUCUGGAUCUCGUCAAGACCGCGAAGCUGGUGCUGGACGAGUACUUCGAGAGCGCGGGCGCGCUGGAGGCGUGGGGCGCGGGCUCGGGCGACUUCUUCACGCUGUCGCAGCGCCCGCAGGCCGCGCUGCUGCUGCGCACCGACCCCGAGCUCAACGGCGACCGCGACGACGACGUGUUCGCACCCCCGGCCAACCCCGCCGCCGCCCAGGACGAGCCAGCGGCCGACGACGCGGUGCCGCGCCGCCCGCGCUUUUCGCGCGCCGCCUCCACCGACAAGAACCAAGGGCCGGGCGGCGCCGGCGUGCGGCAGACGUACACGUACGAGACGCUGGUGCAGUACGCGGACUCGCCGCUCAGCAAGCUGCCGCCGGCCGGGCUGGCCGCCUUCCCGCCGGAGCUGGCGCGCAAGAGCUGCCUGGAGUUCGACAGCGUCAGCUACCUAAAGAAGGUGCGCGCCGCGGCCGGGACCACCGUGGCCGCCGUGGACGCGCCCGACUCUCCUGAACCGGAGUAACCAGAUCUACAACGGUGUCUAGCAGCUCGCCUAUACCUCACAAUAUAUCGCCAUUAUAUUGUUCACAAUAUUCUAUAUUCACAUUUUUGACUAACCCAUACAUAAUUAUAUAGGUACUCAACCAAUGUGAUCGGGGUUCACAGGUGGCAUUCUUGAAUUCUACUAGUAUCAAACCAGUAAGUACUCAAGUCAUGUGUUUAGUCUAAUUGCGGCCCAAGACCCCAUAGUCGAUUUCUUAAGGCUACGCAUCACAGACCAUGCUAAGCAAGCAGCCUGUCUGUGCGGUCAUAGCCUUUGAGUAGGUAAUAGGUUGAGAAUCAACACUGGUCCUAGAGUCUGUGCGGAAAGAGAAGAGUCGUGGGAUUUGAGGGCGCGCCAGUGCUAUUUUAUGGUUUUUGCUAUGCUGACAACACUGGUCACGUGAUUAUAGUACGACACUAAAGGCCAUGAUACUUGAAUCCCUUUUGUUCUGGUUUUUUACCACGGCUUACUAAACGGACCCUGGUGGUGGUGUCGGCUCGUCAACUCAAUCCUCUGAUUUAGCGCAGGCACUAGUUUUCUUUUUAAAACACACUCUUGUUUUUAUGUCUCAGAUACUAAAAAGUGACAGUGCGAUUGACAAAACUGCUAAAACUAGUUAAGAAUCUGCCCAAUACAGCUGUAAUUUUAGUACCAAACAAGAUAGAGUCUCAUUUAUGUACUGCCUAAUCUGUGCAGUCCAACAGUUAUUUUAAUACAAAACCGGGUAGAUCGAAUAGAAAUUGGGCAAUAGAACUGUAAUUUUACUAUCUGGGAUAUAUUUCACCCAUUGUAAACUUGACUUGUAAUGUAUGUGUACAUUAUUAAUAAUAAAUAUGAAUAUGAAUAAAAAUAGUGCAUAAGUAGGUAGGCCUUAUUGAGAUAUGUCCGGUUCUCUUAUCUCACGAUAUUUUACUUCGCCAAAAAGUCACUGCUAAAUAUGAAAUAUAAUUUCGUAACUAACAGAACCUAGUAAACGAACUUACAAAUAAAGAAAUAUUUUAUAAGAAAAAGUUUCAUUCUUUGUAAUCGAAGUCUGAAUUAAAAUAUUCAAUGUCACUUAUGUUUGAGCUAGCUUCAGAACAAUCAGGGACACUCAUAGAACUAUCUUCAUCUGAACUGGAUGUGCUUGAAUCCGGCACGUAGAUUACGAAUUCUUGUGUAUCACCUACUUAGCGGUCUUUUAUCGUAGGUAGGUAGGUAGGAUUACACAAUCCUGAAAAAGAAAUUACAUAAAUAUGCAUAAAAUGGCAAGUAUCAAGACUAUUUGUCAGUUAUUUUAAAGAUCAUGAAUGACCUGCAUAUUUAUGAAGAUUAAUAUAUUUUGAAUGAAUAUACUUACCGAUUAUGUACUGGAGACAAGUUACUUAGUGGGCUUAUUAAAUAGGUAAUUAUUUUAUAUUAAAUACAACAUCAUUACCCGUGAAUAGCGGCGCGACUUUUUGUAAGUCUAUAGUCGGCUUUUAGCCGUUUUCUUCCCGCUGACAAAACCGAACAAUGUUAAAUAUAAUUUUCCUUGUGGUUUUAUGUACGGUUUUAUCGUGCUUUGAAAAUAUUUUAUACGUAAAACUUGCGGUUUUUGUUAACAAAAAUAUACAAUGACAGAAGUUUGUUUACUUUUUACAAGACAGGUGUCAAAGGUUUGAUUGCCAUAUAAAAUUUAAAAUGUUAGUUCCCGUUUCUGCCACGACUCUUCUCUUUCCGCACAGACUCUACCUAUGUACUUGUAAAAGUAGUAAAUCAUUUAGAAUGGUUUAUAAAUGACCACCUACAUCAUCCAAAGUAAAGCCAGAUUUUUUUACAAUAGAUUUUAGUUCUAUUAUUCUUUACGGCGUUUUUAUUGUAGUAAAAUGACAGCAAUUUAUUGUGAUGAAAUGAUGAUGACUUAACCUUUUGACGUCGUCUAAAUAAUAUCUAAACUUGAAGAUUCCUAUAAUACGGCAGCAACAAAAGCUAGUUGUUUAAAUUUAGAAUACUCAUUUAGUACAGUUGCCAUCAGAUAUAUCGGAGCGGCUAAGUUGUUAAAAAAUAUCUGAACAGAACAAAACCUCUAUUAAUUAGCAAGACGUUAAAGUGCAUGUUCAGAUAUUUUUGAACAUCUUGGCCGCUCUGACAUAUCUCAUAGCGACUGUGUAGGUAUAAUAAACUUGCAAUGGGCAGCUGUGGGACACGGCACAAAUAAGCAUAGACAUUAGGUAUAGGAUGAUUGAGAGAAUUGCAUCAAGUGUAAACAUGUUAACCCGUUUAGAACUACUGACUGCCACUUCCACUAGAUGCGCCAGCACUAGUCUUCCUUUUUUAUGCACUUUAGGUGUACACAUUAUUACUAAAAGUAUUGACAAGCCAAAUUAGAGGGUAUUUAUUUUUCCUUAACUAUUAGUAUGUACCUCAUAUCAUUAAACUUGUUUUAAGAAUGCUUUGAACUAAAGUUUUGGACACUCAGGCCAGAACGCCGUUCACAGCCAUUUGAUCUCCUGAGAGUAUAUUUUUUAUAAAAAUGAGCGCACUCCAUGCAUGAGUAGCCUCGCUCAUUUUUAAUUAUUCAUUCAGAGAAGGAAACGUCGAGGUGGCUAAUCUCCACAUCAAAGAUUCAUUGAUUCUAUGAGAUGUAUAAAGCCUGACCAGGAAUAUAUGAUCACGCGCCAUGUUGCGGAAUUUCAUUGGAACUAUUUUUUUCAUAAUAUACUGAACUGUCACCAAUGUUACCAUACACAAGCGCCCUCUUGACAAUGAUUACUGGUCAGGCUUUACCUACCCCGAAUUUAGACGGUUGAAGACGUCGCUGUAUGACGCCAUGUUUUGUGGUACGGUACCUAACUAAAUUGACUGCUUUGUCCUAUUUCUAUGAAACUGACAAACAUUAACGUUUAAUUAAACAUUACCACAUAUUGUCAGGUGACAAGCAAAAGUCACUCACUACUAAAAAUAUUUAAAUAAAAAUCAACCUUCUGUAAGUACUAAUAUGGUUCACUAUGGCUAUGAACUUGUGGUAGUAAUUAGUGAGUUUUGCUUGUCAUUUGACGAUAUUGUAUGGAGCCGUUCAGCGCCAUCUAUAUUUGCUGUCAAAUUCCAAACAAGAAUUUGUCAUAGGCUAAAUACAUGUAAUACAAACAAUAAGUCGUAUAUGUCGGCGGCCGAUCGUAAAAUCAGGCAUAUCGUGAAAUUCCUAGGCAUAUCGUGAAACAUGAAGAUCUUUAACUCGUUCCCUGAGUCGACUCCUAUAUCUGGGCAGUUUGCCCUUCGGGCAUCUGAAGCAACUUAACGAACCUAUCCUACCUAUAUGUUGGUAAAAUGUGGCUAUCGUCAAAACAUUACACAGGAACAUUACGAUCUGCCUGAUCUUACCAUCGGCCGCCGUCAUCUAUACAGAGUGAUGUUCCUACAAGUUUCACUAGAUGGCGUCACUAUAUGAACUAUAUUGACUUCGAUUGCGAUCAAUUGAAACUAUUCAGGAGACAAUCAUUUGUGGUGAUUAGCAAUAGUUUGUUUACUCGCCUCUGGUCCAUUGUAUUACUUAUACGGUUCUGAAUGAUAAAUUGAUAAUAUACGUAUAUGUUUCACUUACUCAAAAUAUUGACCACUCCUAAUAGACCGUGUAUUUCAUUCGAAUCAUUACAUAGUUUCCAUCCGUACUUAGUCACCUGAUAAGUACAGUCAGCAACAGAUCGUAAAUGGACAACGUGUAUAUCCACGAUUUUACUUUUUGUUAUAUCUUUUGUAUUGGAUGGUGCUAUUUCUGCUGACAGUGUCGCAAUCAUUAUUUUCCAGUCGUCAUCGUUAGUUUUAUUAUCUUGACUAUGCUGAAAUGUUUACGGCUAGUGUAGGUACAUCAUCAGGAAGCAAUAUUCCUGUGUUUAAACAGUGAUGUUCAUCGCAGAGAAUGAUAACUCAUCAAUACGCAAAUAAAACAUUUCAGACUAGUUUACUCUGUAUCUUUUGUAAGAGUCCAUUUUAUUUACUUUUGUAUAUAUUGACUGUAACGGGCCUCGGUCCCGAUGUCAGAGUGAUUCCAUUUACUAUAAGACGAAUGCAUGCAUUUCUUUUGAGUGUCUGUGUGAUCAUUUUCAGACUUUGUAAUUACUAAUUAGUGUCUAGUCUCGACGAGUAGUUUUAUCGAUUCUCACUAUUUCGUAAGUGCUAUAUCUUUUGAAGAAAGCCUGGCAAUUCAUUUAUAAAUAUAUAUUAAAUGACUGUUGGAGUUGGUAGACAAAUAACGGUAAAAUAUAUUUUAGAUUUAGAUUUAUUUUUAACCAUUAGAACUAUUGCAAUUGCUGUGCACUAAACCAAAUAAUUGUUGAUUUCGUAAAUCUAUUGAAACUAACAUGUUUAUUUCUUAUUGGAGUCUAUCUAUUGUUAUGGUAAUUGGCAGGCUUUCUUUAUACCAGUGUUUAUUUAUUUUGGUUGCCUAAAGAAAAGAAAGUAUAUUUUAGUAAGACUGUUCAUUUCAAUUAAAAAAUUGGCUUAAAGCUCGAUCAAUCAUGGGUUGUAACGAGGUUUUUUUUUUAAUUUUAUUUACACAUUAAUGAUAUCCCUCGGGAGGGAGUCCUCAAAUGCACAGAUGUAUUGCCAUUAAUAAAUAUUAUAGGAACUUUAUAUUCGUUUACAAUAUACUCGGUGCUUUGAACAAGUAUUAUUGUCAUUCAAGGGGUAAUAGGUUACUUACCUAUCUAAAUAUUCUAUUCACCUCGUGUAAAAAAUAUUUACACUGUUUUUUAUGAAACAAGGUAAAGCGUUAUUAUUAUUUAAAAUAUUACUAAAUUUUCUAAUAAA